AUGAUGUUUCUAGGAGAUCCUGAACAAAUCAUCGAGCUUGUCUCACUUUUGACCUCGUGCGUUUUCAUGGUGCAGGAGGCUUUGGUGCAGCAUUUGGAUGCCCAAACAGCCAUGGAGCAAGGUACAUGGACUGCUUCUUUGCUGAGCUUUGUUGGCCUGUCCGCGUGUUCAUGUGAAAGUACUGCUGUAGGCACGCAUGACACCGAAGUGAGGACGACAUCCAUGCCAGAGGUGAAGCCUGCCAUCAAGAUCAUCUCAGCAGUGGAGGUUGAUGAAGAGAUCCGGCUCACUGUGAUGCUCUUUUCCGGCCGGGCGUUGAUUUUGCAGGCCACAAGCUUACAAACAGUGGCAGACCUAAAGAUCGAAAUUCAGAACAAGGAGCAGAUACCAUUGCAAGAGCAGCUUUUGGUGUUCAAUGCGCAGCCCUUGAGAAACACUGCAAGACUUUGCGACUAUGGAAUCGGUCAUGAUUCCUCCCUGAACCUUGUUCGUGUCAUGCCCUUGGAGUUGAAGAUUAUGACGGCUCGUGCCAAGUGGAACAUCCGGUUGCAGCCGCAGGAUACUGUGGCGGAAAUCAAAACGUUCGUGAACGAGAAGAUGUCGAUUCCAGUGGAGCAAAUGCUCUUUAUUUGCAGAGGUAAGCCAUUGGAGGAUGGUCCCACGUUGCAAGAGAUGGGCGUUCAGUCUGGUGACCAGGUGGCGUUGAUUCUGCGUCUCAAGGGAUGCGGCCAAUUCAUCGUGGAGACGGACGAAGGAGAUUCCUUCCGUGUGGAUGGCGCCUGUGCCGAUCGGACGGUGGCGGAUGUGAAGACGGCCAUCCGCGACCGCACGGGACUUGCACCGAAUGAGCAGAUGUUGAGCUAUCGAGCACAGGUCUUGGAAGACAGCAACACCUUGGAACACUAUGGCAUCAAAAGAGAAGCCUGGUUGCGCCGAGUGGCCGAGUGGAUGGAUGCCGUGAGAAUUGCUGCUUUUGCUGCUAGGGCUCGAGGGCCCUCGGAAACCUCGUGGAUGACGGUGCGCUCGCCGGAACCAUCGCCUGUGCGCUGGGGCAGCCUGUCACCAGGUGGUCGAGACACUUCAACGGGUCUCGUUCCGUCGGAUUACGGGGACGACCACUAUGUGGCGGCCAAUGUGAAGAUUGCCAUGCAUCCAGGACACUACAUGAAUCACGAACCUUCACAUCUCAUCAACACCGGGUCAGUUGAGUAUUGGGCCUCAGUGCCCGGACAGACUCGCGACCAGGCAUUUGUUUUUGAGUUCGAGCAGGGUCAUGUGCUGGCUGCGGUCGAGUGGAAGGACCGGGGUGAUGGCAUGGGCGUGAAAAGACUCUCGUUGGAAGCAAAGGUCAAUGGUGCCUGGCAAAGGCUUUCCACCUGGAUCGCCACCAAGAAACCGGAUUGGCAGGUUCACAAGAUGACUAUGUCAAUCCGGAGUAGCUUGUGGAGACUGACGUUUCAGAGCAACCACGGAGAUGAGAAUCACUUGGUGGUUCAAGCUGUGAGGUUUGUCAUCAAGCUUCAAAAGACUGAGCCGGCUCACAAUGUCGGCUACCCACAGAAGAUCACUCGGCAGAUCUGGGGCGAUCGAAGAUUCACAGACGUCGAGGUCAUUUGUGGGGGAACUCGCUUUCCGGUGCACCGUGCUGUUUUAGCUGCGGCCUCGGAGGUCUUUGCCGCGAUGCUGGACACAGAGAUGAAGGAAAGCCAGGCUCGGGAGAUCCUCAUCUCCGACGCCGAGGAGGAAUCCGUCCAACACAUGCUCGAGUACAUCUACACAGGCUGUGUGGCAGAGAGAGCUGGUUGUGGCAUGAUCGUGCUUGGUCACAAGUACGAUAUCCCCGGCCUUGUAGAAUAUGCUUCUCCGGUCGCCUUGGGGAAUAUCACGCCCGAGAACUGCGUUGGUCAGGUGAGGAUUCUUCGAGCCUACGCGGACGACGAGCGGCUCGGGCCUGUUUUCGAGGCAGGUGAUCUCGUCACGGAUACUGAUUCCAAGAGUGGUCCGGAGCGCCUGCCGUCCAUGAUCUCUGCUGAAGAUGUCGCAGAGAGGCAGCGUUUAGCAGAUUUAAAGGAGUUCCGCAAAUACAUGGUCGAUACAGGAUCCGUCCAGUGCUUGGUGAAAAUGUACAAGCACGCCAUUAAGCAUGAGAUGCGUAUAGACAACCCCAACUUGGUGACACAAUUCCUGGCCGGCUACACUGACGGCAACCCUGAUGCGAAGGAGAUCAGGCAGUUGCAGCGAGAAAAUGCCACCUUGGAGGAGUACAAUCGAAUCAUGGAAGCCCAGGUAGAGGAGCUGCAGCGGCAGAUUGAGCAGCAGCAGCGGAUAAACCUGGCGCGGUACAUUUGGAAGAGACUUUGCCAAGAUUCCCUGCAGGAAGACAUGUCUUUGGACGAGUUUUAUGCGCGGAUGUGUGGCAAUGAAGUAGAAGUGUCCACCGGCGAAGUUUUGGUCAACCUCUUGCGGCCGGAGUUUUACAAGGACAUCGACCAGGCCACAGAAGCCAGGAUCUCUCAGGAUCAGUUUGCACGGAUCGUCGACGAGCUACCUGGGCCAGUCCUCUCCUGGUUGCAGCAGGAGCUUGUGCCAAGGCUGGAGUCGGUCGAGAUGGGUGAAGCCCCAUUCCAAAAGGAGCUGAUGAAGGCCAUUGUCGACUCGGACUUGCUGCCGCACGAUACCUUCCUGUUGGCGGAUGCGGUGCAGCUCGAGGACCACUUGUUGGACCUGUUGGAGGCGUUAGCAGCCGGGCCCAAGGAGGCACCACCUCCAGCCAUUGCAGAGGAGGAAGAAAAGUCGGCUGACUGA